AUGGCAUCAAGCAAAUUUGCCUUGUGCAUUCUCCUGUCCCUUGUAGCAGCUGCCAUUGCUUCUGCAAGUAGCAAUUAUGGAAAUGGUUAUGGUUAUGGCAAUAAUGCCCCAAAAACAUACAAGAAGGUUGUGCCUACAAAGGGAUUGGUUCUUUCAGCAAAUAUCAAUAUUGCUGUUCAAGGGAUGAUUUAUUGCAAAUCAGGAUCUAAACUCAUCCCACUUAAGGGAGCUGUAGCAAGGGUAACAUGUUUGGGAGUGGAGAAGAACGGAUAUGAAACUGCUCCAUUCUCCUUCUCAAGCUACCAAUCAGACUCAAAGGGUUACUACUACGCAGUGUUUUCUUUAAAAGAGCUCAAGGAAUAUGAUCAAUCUUGCACAAUCACACAGUGCAAAGCCUUCUUAGAAAGCUCUUCUCUCGAAGAAUGUGAUGUCCCAACUGAUGAAAAUAAGGGCAAAACUGGAGCUCUUCUUACUUCUUACAGAUUACUCAAUGGCAAGAAGAACACAUUGUUGUACACUGUUGCCCCUUUUGUUUACACUUCUGAUAAUUCCAACUACAAGAAGGAGGGUUAUUAGAUAAAUUUUGCUGUUUUUUUCCCAUUAAUAAUUUCCCUGUUUCCCACCCAUGAGAUUUGACAUCUUGACCUUUUUUC